CACCGGUUAAUUUCGAAAGAACAAGUUACCGAAAGGUUGACAUGAAGGAAAUCAGUGCUCUGAUUGGUCCGCCGAGGUGGUACCACGUGGUCGUCUGUUUGCUGACUUUCGUGCGGGCAUUUCCAUCGUCCUGGACACAACUGGCGGCAUUGUUCGUGGCCGCGGACGUCGAACACUGGUGCUCGCGGCCGAACGAUCCGCCCUUCGCCAACUGGACGGAGCAACGAUGGAAGGCCGAAGCCAUUCCCGUCGUCAACGGUUCUCAGCUCUCGGCGGUCGGCCCGAAGCACGAGUCCUGUCGGAUGUUUCCCGCGAAUAUCAUCAGUGACAAUACUUCCAUUGUGCUCUUGGAUCAGUCCAGAACGGUGUCGUGUGACGCGUGGUCCUACAACGACACCAUACCAGGAUCUUCGGCAGUGCCGGAAUGGGACCUCGUGUGCCAACACCAGUGGCAGCGCUCCAUGAUGACAAGCGUCGUGUUUGUGGGAUCCCUCGUAGGAUCUCUCGUCAUGGGCCACAUGUCCGACAGAUUCGGACGUCGUACCGUGUUCUUUAUCUCCGUGUUUGGAGCUGCCCUCUUCGGGUCUUUGGGAGCAGUGUCCCCGUCGGUGAAGUGGUACAAUACGCUGCGCUUCUUCGCGUCCGUCAACAUCGCCGGCAUCCAGACAAGCUCGGCGGCUUUGCUGGCCGAAAUCUUGGACCCUCGAUUCCGCACGUUCCUCAACAUCGGCUACACGGCGGGAUUCGCCAUACCUUCCAUGCUGCUGCCAGGUGUGGCCUACUUGUUAUCAGACUGGAAACUUCUGCAGCUGCUUACCGGACUCAUCGCCUUGGCCUGCGUACCUUUUAUGCUAGUUGUCCAGGAGUCGCCACGAUGGCUCAUCACGGCCGGCAGGGAGGAGCAAGCCGCACGCGCCAUCUCGAAAAUACUGAAGAUGAAUCGUCGGACGGUGCCGAACUUGAAAUACGCCGUGCAAGUGAUAGCGGAGAGAAUUCGGGAAUCGUCGACCAGCGCCAUAGGCCCUGUGGAGAUUCUGAGGCACCGGAUGAUUAGGAGGAACACGUUUCUCCUGUUUGUCGUCUGGUUCUGCGACAAUUUUCUCAUGUUCGCUCUCACGCUCGGCGCUGUGGACAUCGAGGGCAGCCAUCUGGUCAACUUCGCCGUCUCUACGGCCGCCGAGAUACCCGCUGCAUUCCUUGGCCUAGCCAUUGUAUACUACUGCCCACGUAGGCCGUCCCAGGUGGCCACUCUCUUACUGGCAGGGAUAGCAGCAGCCGCCAUAGAAUUGACUCCUGCGGGUUCGCCUUACGUGAGCUUGUCGUUGUCCAUGGCGGGUCGUUUCGUGCUCAUUCUGUCAGCGUCGGUCAAGUGGGUCUGGACCAUGGAGCUGUUCCCAACGGCAGCACGUGGGUUCGGCUUCGCCGCGUGCUUCACCGUGGGUCGCUUGGGAGGCAUUGUGGCUCCCUUCAUGAGCGUUAUUAAGAAGCAGGCCUCUGUGUACGUGGCUGCUGGUCUGCUAGCAGCCGCCGCCCUCGUUGGAGCAGGAGCCGCCGUUCUUUUGCCGGAAACUCGAGGCAUCGAACUUCCGGACACAUUCGACGAGGCCGAAGAUGUCGCCAAAGAGCGCGGGAAGAGAGGCGAGAUGGAACUGACGACGAAGAGGCAUCCGGAGGAGGAAGCGGGGGAUGUCGACUGCAGGCGAAUCUAGCCUUGCAAGACCUAGCUGCCCGGGCACCUCUAUGGAAACAUUAUGAAACUUUGUCACCUGUCGAACAUUCAGCGAAGAUGGAUUAACAAGACGCCGCGCACAGCGUGGUGGAACGGCACACAAGCCGGCGGGCGGCCUGUGACUCAUCCCACGCAAGGCGGCGCGCCGGGACUCCCACCUCGUGGCAAAGCACCCUGACGAAAGUUUGCCUAUCACUACCAAUCACGGCCUAGGUUCUCAUCACUAAACAACUUCGAGAGAAGUUGAGAGACACCCGCAUUCUGAAGAGCGGACCAAGUUCAUUUCAGCAUUGGCUCUGUUGUACACAACAUAUGCUCCAAACCACUGGAGUUUAACUGGUGCUCCGUAAGCAUCCUGAGGGAAAGCAGUCUUCUAUCUUCAUGGCCCACCUCAACACUGCUGAACGUCGCUCUCAAGUUGACGCUGCUGAAGCUACAAGCGCAGGUAAUGGUCAAACCGAGCUUUUGAAUCCCACCACUGCGACCUCGGAGGCCGUUAGAUUUCGCGCAUCCAUUACUGUUACGGCAGUGCAUUAUUAAUCGAUUCGGGGGUUAUCAUUAUAUGAUGAGGAACCAGCUCAGAGCAUGGGGAAGCUAUACUUCCUACCCGGCACGGAAAUAAGCAUCUGAAGCGUACGGCCUUCGAUUAUCAUGCGCACGCUUAAAUUUCGGGGACAACGCAAAGUUCAUGGUACUACAUCGCCAGGCAGGAAUGCAUGUCAACACCAUUAAACAACAAUGGAACGAAAACUAGGACCUCAUAUGCACCAUAUAUAUGUGUGCGUACAUCUAUUGGAUUCCAAGGCUGAAACCCCCCUAUAAUGACCAGCAAUAAGAACAUUCCUUCGACAUAAGCAAUGCUGAAGCACCACAAUUUAAACAUGGACGCGAACACGUUAAAGGGACACUAAAUUGAAAACUUUAUUCAGUUUAGAAUGAAAAGUUAUAUUUCAGAACUCUAGUGUUCUUAACGUCGCUACAAUAUGUUUAAAAGAGAAAUCGAAGGUUGAAGGCUUAUUGCUGAAUUUUCGUGAGGGAGUUGUGCGGUUUCGAAUUUUCGCAAUAUAGGGUUGCGUGGUGGUACUAGAC